UGUUCUCGGUAGCAGCCGCACUUACAGGACUGGAACAGAGCGCUUCUCUCCCGGUGCUUGGUCCAUGCAGGCAGCAGCCCCCGGAGCUGGGAGCGGCUCCAGCACAGGUGCUGCCGCAGCGUCCGGGCAGCGGGGACAGCGCGGGACUGAGCUGGCAGCGCCUUCCUGAGCCUCGGUGUCCCGCAGGGCCGGGACCAGCCGGGACCUGUCAUCAUGUCCCUUUCCAUGGGCCAUCUCCGUGGGCGUAAAGCUGUUUCCAUGCCCGACACUCGAAAGGGUUUUCCAUCAUUCCUGAUUUGUCGGGAGCACGGGACUGAUUGUUCCGACCAGCGGAAUUCCGGCUGUGAGCUGGAGAAGAGUGAAUUCUGCUCCAUUCAUAGGCGUCUGAAGGAUCUCCUGCACAUCCUGGAGGGACGAGCAGCCGGACUGACACACUUGCCUGGGGCACAAGAAGCCACAUGUCGUAAUCUCAAGGACGCCACUUGUGACCGUGCAGUGAGUGAGGCUGUGGAGAUUGGAAUCUGCAGCAGCGAUGGCAGAGUGAGGGAGCCCCUGGAUCCCCAGGGCACAUCAGCAACCGGCCAUGGGCACAGAAGCAUCCUCAGAAGAUUGGCGGGCGAGUGGUUCAGCUGCCAUCCCGUGCUCACCUUGGUGCUGAUCCUGCUCCUGGUGCUGGUGCUGGCGUUGGCGGUGGCCUUGGCUGUGCAGUCAGCACCACAGGCUCCAGUUCCACCUGCGACUCCGCUCUUGAUUCUGGGCUGUCACCCUCGCUGGGUUGGAUACAAUGGAGUCUGCUACUACUUCUCAAGGGAUAACGGGACCUGGGAUGAGGCUCAAGAGCGGUGCUCGGAGCUCGGGGCCUCGCUGGCCAUUGUCAAGGAUGAGGCAAUGGAUUUGCUCUUCCGCCUCGGCGGGAACGGCGAUUACUGGGUGGGGCUGCGCAGAUGGGGCGAGCACCUGCAGUGGGGGGACGGCAGCAGCUUCAGCUCCUCGGUUCCUGUCCUGGGCAAUUCCGAGUGUGUGUACCUGGCUGAGGAGAAAUUCAGGAGUGUGAUCUGCUCGAAUCCGCAGCCGUAUCUCUGCAGCAAGCCCCGAGCUCCCCUGUAACAGGGGCUGGAGAAAGGAGCUUCUCCACGCUGGGCAGUCCCAGCUUCACCUCUCAGCCCAGCUCAGGGCUGUCUUUUUUUGUUACUGAAACAAGCUAAUAUUUUGUACUCUCUUGUACAAUAGUAAAUAUGAUUUAUUUUUCA